CCCGGCGCCCAGGGGCGGAGUAGGGCGGGGCGGGCGGCAAACGCAGCACUUUCGCGGCUUUGACAAGCCUGCAGCGGCCGGGCUGGAACGCUGAGCCCGGCCGAGACUGCGCCAUGCAGGAAGCGCCAGCUGCGCUGCCCACGGAGCCAGGCCCCAGCCCGGUACCUGCCUUCCUCGGCAAGCUAUGGGCGCUGGUAGGCGACCCAGGCACCGACCACCUCAUCCGCUGGAGCCCGAGUGGCACCAGCUUCCUCGUAAGUGAUCAGAGCCGCUUCGCCAAGGAAGUACUGCCCCAGUAUUUCAAGCACAGCAACAUGGCGAGCUUUGUCCGCCAACUCAACAUGUGUGAGUCCCUUUGCCAAGCGGGGAGCGGGUUGGGGGGUCACUUAGUGCAGAGAAUGGAAUGUGGAAUGACUCACGCUCACACCCCGCCUUGCCCCGCCCUCCCGCGCACCCGUUCCUCAGAUGGGUUUCGGAAGGUGGUGAGCAUUGAGCAAGGGGGCCUGCUCCGACCAGAGCGUGACCAUGUUGAGUUUCAGCAUCCGAGCUUCGUGCGAGGCCGUGAGCAGCUACUAGAGCGCGUGCGCCGCAAGGUACCUGCGCUGCGAGGCGACGACAGUCGAUGGCGUCCCGAAGACCUGGGCCGACUGCUGGGAGAGGUGCAAGCUUUGAGGGGAGUGCAGGAGAGCACGGAGGCACGGCUGCAGGAACUCAGGCAGCAGAACGAGAUCUUGUGGCGAGAGGUGGUGACGCUGAGGCAGAGCCACCGUCAGCAACACCGGAUCAUCGGCAAGCUAAUCCAGUGCCUGUUUGGGCCACUUCAGACGGGGCCCAGCAGUACAGGAGCCAAGAGAAAACUGUCCCUAAUGCUAGAUGAGGGGAGUGCAUGUUCAGCGUCUGCCAAGUUCAAUGCCUGCCCGGUGUCUGGUGCUCUCCUCCAGGACCCCUACUUUAUUCAGUCGCCCCUUCCAGAGACCACCUUGGGCCUCAGCCCUCACAGGGCCAGAGGGCCCAUCAUCUCUGACAUCCCAGAAGAUUCUCCAUCUCCUGAAGGACACAGGCUUUCUCCUUCCAGUGGUGGCAGGAGGGUGAAGGGCCUGGCACUGCUCAAAGAAGAGCCGGCCAGUCCAGGGGGGGAUGGCGAGGCCGGGCUGGCCCUGGCCCCAAACGAGUGUGACUUCUGCGUGACAGCGCCCCCACCGCUGCCUGUGGCUGUGGUGCAGGCCAUCCUGGAAGGGAAAGGGAGCUACAGCCCUGAGGGGCCCAGGAGUGUACAACAGCCUGAACCAAGGGGCCCCAGGGAGGAACCUGACAGGGGAAAUCUGGGCCUGGAUCGGGGUAACCGGAGUCCAGAGAGUCUGCUAACCCCAAUGUUGCUUCGGCCUCCGCCUGAAACUCUGGAGCCCAUAGCACCGGUGGAUGUGCUGGGCCCUAGCCUGCAAGGCAGAGAAUGGACCUUGAUGGAUCUGGACAUGGAGUUGUCUCUGAUGCAGCCCUUGGGUUCAGAGAGGGCUGAAGCUGAGCUGACUGUCAAGGAGCUGAAUUCUUCAGGUGUAGGGAAAGACCACAUGCUAGGAACCCCGCUCAUGCUAGAUGUUCAGGCAGAUUUAGAGGGUGCAGCCCUCUCUGUGCCUGGGGCUUUAACCUUGUACAACGCCACCGAGAGCAACGCCUCUUACUUGGAUCCUGGAGCCAAUCCCUCCUCUCCCUGAGAUCUGCCGCCUUCUGAAAAAGCCUGGCUAAGGAACCAGCACGCAACGGCACACCCCUUUAGGCUUCCUGGCGCCCCCGCCCGGGAGGUGAGCGAAGCCCCCUGUAUGCGACAGCCUCUCUCCACUACCCCAGUGAAUCCUGCAACAUAAACUGCAUCCUCUACUCUG